CCAGAGAUACAGAGCAGUGAAUGAAACGCAGCUGAGAGACACUGGUUACUGCAUACAGCCGCUCUGAUACACACAGACACUCACAAUCUACAGCUAAUAUGGCUGCAAAUUCAGUGUAUGAUUUCACUGUGGAGACCCUGGAGGAAAAAAGCGUCUCGCUCGACAUCUUCAGAGGAAAAGUUCUGCUCAUCAUGAACGUGGCCACCUUCUGAGGGUCCACCAUUGAAGAGUAUCACAGGAUGAAUGCACUCAUGGACAUGUAUGGAGGACAGCGCUUCACUGUACUUGGUUUCCCCUGCAAUCAGUUUGGACUUCAGUCUCCUGAGGAGAACCAUGAAACCCUGAAUGUUCUGCAGCAUGUGAGACCAGGAUCUGGUUUCCUUCCAAAGUUCCCCAUUUUCAGCAGGAUUGAGGUGAACGGCUCUGAUGAAGAUCCUCUGUACGCUUACCUGAAGGAAAGUCUUCCGUUUGUCAAUCCUGUCAUUGGAGACAUCAGGAAACUCUACUGGUCUCCCAUUAAAGCCAAUGAUGUCCGCUGGAACUUUGAGAAGUUUCUCAUCACCGCAGACGGACGUCCUUACAAACGGUAUGAUCGUAAUUGUCCGUUUGAAGAUGUGGAGCGGGACGUUUCUGCACUUCUGCAGGGAAGACAUGCAUUAUAAAACAUAAUAUGUAGUGUAUCCAUAAUUACCUUUAUGAGGAUGAUUCCAGCUCGGAUUCAUUCAGAUUAAAUAACUUUCACUUUGCUUAAUCCUUGCAGACCAGAUCCAUACAUACCAGGCAGGAAAAUGGCCAAAACAUUAUUGAAUUAUAUGAAUUAUAUUAUACAUCUAGUAAAACGAAAUGCUUUAUUAAUAAAAAAAAUAGAUAAUGAAUAAGAAAAAAAUAGGUACAUUAUCACAAAAUACUUAAAAAAUAGUUAUAUUGAAAUGUAUUAUAUUGAGAUCUGAUUAACAGAAUUUAAUUGUCAUGAAAAUAAAUACAAAAAAUCUCAAGGGUCCUGAAAGGCAAAUUUAUUUAUUUAUUUAUUUAUUUAUUUAUUUAUUUAUUUAUUUAUUUAUUUAUUUAUUUAUUUAUUUA